ACAAAAUGGCUCAAUUUCUUGAUUUGAAAUCUCAAUUUGUCCUCUCAAAACACUUUCUUCUCAUGAACCCAGUUGUUGAAACGAAUAUUUUACUUCGAAACACCAAUUUUGCACCAAAAUUUCCAUCUUUUCACUCAUCAGUUACAUUUUCUCGCCAAAUUCAUUUGCUGAAACCAAUCACAUUUGCGAAAAAGAGUAAAAGGCGACGUGGGUUUCAAAGGUCAAGGAAAUUUAUGGUUCAAUUGAUCUCAAUUUUGGCUUCAAAUCUCAACAUUAUACCACAACCGUUGGAUAUUGUGAUUGAAGAAUUUAUUGGUGGAGAUGGUGGAGGACUAUGGUUUUUGAAGGGUUUAAGAGGAGGAGGAUUUGGUUGGGGGAGAAAAAGAAAAACAGGAAAUUUGGGGGUUUUAGUGAUUUUAGCGUUUUUGGGUUUUUUGUAUUUGUUCUUUGGAGGAGAGUUAAAGACUGAUGUGUUUUGUGGAGUUCUGGGUAUUGGCUCAUCUGGGUUUGUUUUAAUCCAGGGGUUGAAGAGAAAUGUCAAAGCUUUGAUUUUUGGGAUGUGUUGUUUUGGUAGUUUGAUGGGUUUGGGAUGGAGGAGAGAGGAGGCUACGAGAUGGAUUGACGAAUUUAGGAGUUAUCCAAUGGUUGAAAUUCUUGCAAGAGGUAAAAGAAAAGGUAGAAGAGCAUUAACCAGUGGUCGAAGAUGAUUGCUUGUUGAAGAACAAUGGCAGAGCAAAUUGCAACGAAAGAUUUUUUCAUUCUUUUAUUUGGUUUGUGAGAGUUUUGUCAGAGAAGAGAGAA